GUGGAGGCGAAGAUCCGACGAGUGUACAAGAUCUUGAAGGACCACAGCUUCAAUGUACUCAUGGUGGAGGCCAAGGGCGGCGAUGAUUUUGGGAAGACGACAAUGAAAUUCUUGAACCAGACGCAUACGAAGCGUGGGGUCGUAAUCCCUGUUUGUACUUGGCACUAUGGCGAGAAGACGAGCUCCACCUUCAGUUCUUACCACGAGCUACGAUAUGCCCAGGACUACGGACUGGAUCUGCUGCCUUUGAGGAUGGAAGACGUCUGGCCACCACAGCCGCCCUGCGGAACGGAGCACGAGUUCGACAAAGACGGUGACGCAUUGGAUUUGAUAAAAAUGGCGAUGCGACCUGCCAUUGCAUACAUUGACUGCCGCAAGCUCAGUGAUGUGGAGAUUGCCCGCGCGAUCGCGGACAGCCUGCUGGGCAGAAGGAAGCUUUGA